AGGAGGAUCGUGCAUGUAACCGGGCUGGUGGGUGGAUUUACUAAUUUACAGCACUCUACAUAAUAAGAAGUAGGGAGGAGAUUCGUCUAUUUGCUCUAUAGCCUCUGAGCGAUGAUAUUCACGUCGAAUGCGCAGGUGAAGAGUCGGAAGAGUGCGAGUCCGACUCCUCAUUCUUAUUCUGAUUCUUCUGAUCAUCAUCACCAUCAUAAUCACCAUGAUGACCAUUCGCAUGGGUCUUCCCGGAGAGAUACGGCUGCUCUCGAGGACUCGCGCCAUCCGCGACGGUCGGGGGAUUGUCAUGAUGAGAAGCAGAGGAAGUAUGCCGAUGGUGACCGUGACUAUCAUGCGUACGGAUGUGAAUAUAGGUAUUCGAUGAACGAGCCGAGUCCUCAUCGUCGAGCUCAGCAGUCCGGACUGUCCGGACAGUAUGGCUACGAUGAUGGAAAAUCGGGCCCCCCAGUCCAUGCAACAUACCACCAGCACUCUCCGUAUAGACACAAGCAUCGACAUCAGAAGAACCCGAAUACUACGUACCCAUCCUGGAAAUCAUCACAGUCGCAGCCUUGGUUCGCGGGGUCUAUAUCUGCACCGUACACGGAUCGAUCGCGACCAGUUCCCCCAAAUACAACGACAACAACAACUACAACCACCACAACGACGACGACUACAACUACGACUGCUGGACCGUCGGCUUCGGACAUUCAGCUGGAUUUCUGGGGACAGGCAUGGGAUUAUUCCUGUUUCAAGGGGGAGGUGGUGGGUAGGUACCAGAUGACACAUGAGCAGGAACGUAUUUGGGAGAGGUUUGAGAGGAUACUGGAGUUACUGGGCGGUGGUUACGUGGAUGAGGAUGGUGUCAGCGAUGAAGAUGUUUCCGAUGCCCAUCAAGGAGAGAGAAGACGGCUGCGGCAUCGAGAAGCCAGGAAUAGAGAGCAGGAUAAGAACAGGUCUAGCAAGUUACUGGCUCGGAGGGCGAAUUAUUUCAGAAAGGUAUAUUCAUAUUCCAAUUCGAGGUUAUCUUUUUCUUUACCUCCGUUGAAAUUAUACCUCCCAACCUACCCCCUUCUCUGCCUCGCAGCACAAUACUCCAGAUUAGUCUACGACAAGCACGAAUCCUCUCCAAACUACAUCUCCCCAGACUGGCGCACCGGCACAAAAGCCACAGUCAUCCAAUCCGUCCCCCUAGACGACGUCCAGACCAUCGUCCUCGCCAUCCGCGGCACCCAAACCAUCCGGGACUGGACGAUAAACCUGCGCACCGGCCCCAAAAGCCCCCGGGAGUUUCUCGACGACCCGUCUAAUCUAUGCCACUCGGGAUUUCUAUCAGUCGCGAAGAAAAUGGUCCGUCCCGUCGCGGCACGACUGAGAGCUCUCCUCGAAGAACGUCCAGGUCGCGCAUCCUACUCUCUCCUUCUAACGGGCCACUCGGCUGGAGGUGCCGUAGCAAGUCUGCUGUACUGCCACAUGCUCUCUGAAAGAGAUGAAGCAGCCUCCGAACUAACACAUCUCCGAGCCUUCUUCAAACGCAUCCACUGCAUCACGUUCGGCGCUCCGCCUAUAUCCAUCAAGCCGCUACAGAAACCCGCCAGAACGCAGUAUAGGAAGUUCGUCUUUUUCUCGUUUAUUAACGAGGGAGAUCCUGUUCCACGCGCGGAAAAGACGUACGUUCGCUCAUUGCUGGAUUUGUACCUGUCCCCUCUACCGGCGCCAGCCAGUCAACAACAACGACCAGGUAAGGAUAAACACAAAACGAAAAUGAUCUGGCCAAUCCCACUCCCGACCCUCUCACCGGCCGGACGACUGGUCCUUCUCCGCGCGCGGGAGAUGGAGCGAACCGCAGGUCUAGGGAUUCGCGGUGCUCUAUCCACUCACGCCCGACAGAGCAUCGAGUCAGCCGUGAAUAGGGAGGAAGAUGUCGAGGCGUACGGGGUUACCAAUGGACAGUUGCAGGAUGCGGUUUUUGGGGAUCCGUUGAUGCAUGUUAUGGAUUUGUAUGCGAGGCGGAUUGAGAUUUUAGCGGUUGCUGCUGUUACUGUCCGGGUUUGA